CUCUCUCAUAUGGCUUCUUCACAAGUCCGAAUUUUCUCUCUCUAAACUUUUCUCUCUCCUCUCUCUCUCUCUCUCUCUCUCUUUCUUCUUACAAAUUCAUUUUUCUCGUUUCUUUUCCAAGAAAGUUCAUUCGCAUUGCCGAUCUGUGGUUGUUUAUCUGUUGAUUCCGCUCUGAUUCUAUCCAAUUAUCACACAAGCUUAUCACUUGUUCUCCAAUAUAUGGGCUCAGUUUGAAGUCAAUAUAGUCAAAAUCAAAAUGGAUUUACUUGUCAUAUGAUUAAGACAUCACCCAGCCAACUGGGUUUUCUGAAGGUUGCAACAUGUUGACGGACCUCUCCCUUUUUGUAGAUCUCUUCUACAAUGAAAAGUGGAUUAUUGAUGAUACUAAAUGCUUCAUGCUACAUUUUAACUCUAACCCACGUCUGCAAACUAAGUGCCAACACUGUGUUGACAGUUAGCCAUCUCUUCAUGGAAUCUGUUCCAGUCUCUCUGAAGUGUUAUUGGUUAUAGUGUUGUAAUUCUAAUAAUGGAAAGAUAUAAAAUUUUGAGAGAGCUCGGGGAUGGUUCCUGCGGUCAUGUAUAUAAAGCCCGUGAUAUGAGAACAUACGAGAUUGUCGCUGUCAAAAGGUUGAAAAGAAAGUUUUGUUUCUGGGAAGAAUAUACCAAUUUAAGAGAAGUUAAGGCCCUCCGUAAAAUGAAUCACCCAAAUAUCAUAAAGUUGAAAGAGGUUGUUAGAGAAAAUAAUGAACUAUUUUUCAUUUUUGAAUACAUGGAUUGUAAUCUAUAUCAAUUAAUAAAGGAGAGAGAAAGGCCCUUUUCAGAAGAAGAGAUACGGUGCUUUAUGAGGCAAGUACUACAAGGACUUAGUCACAUGCACAAGAGAGGAUUCUUUCAUCGGGAUUUAAAACCUGAAAAUUUGCUGGUAACGAAUGAUGUUCUGAAAAUUGCUGAUUUUGGACUGGCUAGAGAAGUAUCAUCGAUGCCUCCAUAUACUCAAUAUGUUUCCACACGGUGGUAUCGAGCUCCAGAAGUUUUGUUGCGAUCCCCUUGUUACACUCCUGCUGUUGAUAUGUGGGCAGUUGGUGCUAUAUUAGCUGAGCUUUUUACUUUGACCCCAUUAUUUCCUGGUGAAAGUGAAAUAGAUCAACUGUACAAAAUAUACCGCAUUCUUGGUAUGCCAGACUCAACUGCUUUCACCAUAGGGGCAGACAAUUCUCAGCUAUUGGACCUAGUUGCUCGUGAUGUUGAAAGUGUUAAUGUUUCACCUGUGAAGCUUUCUAAUAUUAUUCCAAAUGCUAGUUUGGAAGCUAUAGACUUGAUCACACAACUGUUACAUUGGGACCCAUCAAGAAGGCCAGAUGCUGAUCAGUCAUUGCAACAUCCAUUUUUCCAUGUGGAUGCAUGGGUUCCUUGUCCACUCAGUGAUCCACUUGAGCUGAAGCUGAGUAGCAAGAGGGCAAAGCCAAAUCUUGAGCUGAAACUGCAGGAUUUUGGCCCUGAUACCGAUGAUUGUUUUCUUGGCUUGACUUUAGCUGUAAAGCCCAGUAUUUCAAGCUUAGAUGUGGUCCAAAGUGUGUCUCAGGGUGUUAGAGAGAACAUGCUACUUUGCUCAGAUUUUAAUGAUCAUUCAGAGCAGUCAGUAUUUUGGACAUUAUUAUCUCCCGAUCAAAAUGGAGUUCAUAACUCUGCAGAGACUUCGUUGUCAUUGUCAUUCAGUUCAGUUCAACAUCCCCCAAUUGUUCCACAGUCAGCGGGAUUUUCUUUUCAGCCUCUGCAGCCUAACAUCUUAACUACACCAUUUUUGGCUCUGUCUUCUCCCUUCCAGCGCGGGCACUGUCUUUGAACUGAAGUAUCAUAUUGAAUCUUGACAAUGCAUAUAACACUUUUUAAUUAGUAUUCUGUACAGUUCUGUUUAUCAUUCUAAUACUUUCUCGUUAAUGUCAAAUAUAAUGUAAUUACCGAGCAAAUUCUAUAUGGAUACUUCAUUCUCAUUGCUUAACUGUAACAUACAAAUUAAGACCGGAUAUAUUCACAACAUGAUAUUUUCUCAUUCCUUAACCUGAUGUAAAGUUUUACUUU